AUGGAUGUCAAGGCUUUUGAGAGUUAUGAGGGCUUUGAGGGAGCUUCUAUUAAUGUGAUGCUGUUUUUUGUUGAUGAUUGGUUAAUUUUGCCUUCUUUAACCUCAACAAGAAUGAGCAUCCACCUUGUCAUUGGUUUUAUUCAGUUUCUUCAAGCAAGGCCUGUUGUGGAUAUGAAUUUGCAUUACAUAGGACUGAAAUACACCACGGCAACUUUUACAAAAGCAUUGGGCAAUCUUGUCCCAGCCAUUACUUUUAUAUUGGCUUGGAUCCUUAGGCUUGAGAAAGUGAAGAUGAGGAAAUUGCAUAGCCAAGCAAAAAUUUUGGGAACAACAGCGACAAUUGGGGGAGCCAUGAUUAUGACUCUUGUCAGAGGACCAAACAUUGGGUUGCCUUGGACCAAACACACACACCAUAUCCACACUCAAACUUUACAUUCCCAGCAAGAUUUUAUUAAAGGUGCUCUCAUGAUUGCAGCAGGUUGCUUCUGGUGGGCAAUCUUCUACAUUCUUCAGGCAAAUACGUUGAAAUCAUAUCCUACUGGACUAUCUCUUAGUUGUUUGAUAUGUACUGUGGGAGCAUUGCAAGCCUCUGUGGUAGCCUUAGUGGCUGAGAGGGGUAAUCCGGCAACCUGGGCCUUACAUUGUGACAUUAAGCUCUUAGCGUAUGUUUAUAGUGGAGUAAUUGGUUCAGGAGUUGCAUAUUACUUAUCAGGUGUAAUCAUGAAGGAAAAGGGACUUGUUUUCGUCACUGCAUUUAAUCCAUUAAACAUGAUUAUCGUCGCAAUUUUGGGGUCAUUUAUGUUAGCUGAGCAGUUGGACUUUGGAAAGGCUUUGGGAGCCGGUGUGAUUGUCAUUGGUCUAUAUAUGGUACUAUGGGGAAAGAAUCAAGAUCAAGACUCGCAAGAAUCAAUCCAUGAUCAGGUAGCUUCGAUUGAUAAACCGCCAUCAACAUUAAUCAAGUUUCCAAUUAAGCAAGAACGAAUUGAUACUCCUAAACAAUUGCCGGAGAUGAAGCAGUGUGGCUAA